CCAAAGACAUAAACUCAAAUACCAGGUCAGCCCAGUCUUCCGCUAGGGGGGCGGGGAGAGCACUCAGCUCCAGCAGGUGCGCCUGAGAGUCCUCUUUUCUGUUCCCGCUCUUGGGCUGUUGCCGCUGGACACCUGCAGGGGUCCGGAGUAGUGGGGAGCGUCCGGCUAUAGAUGCCUCCUUAGUUCAGCACCUGAACAUCGGCUAGUCCUGCUUUUGGGGACUCCAGGAAAACUGGGAAAGCAGUUCAAGGACUGCCAGGCCCAGAGUGUCUGUCCUUCAGCCGGAGCCACUAGCACAGCCCCAGGUCUCAGCUUGGUGAUUUUCCCUAAGCUAGCCAGCUAAUUAAGGGUACCUAUGUCGCGCACUUGAGAAUGCAACGAGCGUGCAUUCCUUUCUCCCCGGACCCUUCUCCUCCCCCUCCAGUUCCGCUCUCUUUAACAUUUUAUUCCACGUGUUGCUUGUUGUAGGCGCUACAGGUUCCCCACCUGCGACCAGAGCUGGCUUGCCAGGCCGACUCCUCUAAUAGGUUGGGGGGGGGGGAGCUAAGGACCUCUGCAGGAGCAAUUCCCAAGGCAACCAAGCUCGACUCCCCCCUUCGCAAACCCCGCCUAGUCAUUCCCUCACGCUCUGGUGGCUCCCUAUUUUUCCUCCCCUUCUCCCUCCCCUCCCGCCCCAACUCCUGCCCGCCCCUUUCGCCCUGGUGGUAGGAAACAGUCUAGUGCCUAAACUCGACGUGUCCGGAAAGCUGCAGCCGCUUUCCCUUUCGUUCUCCAGCAGCGCAGCUUUCCUUUCCCGGACCUGAGGGCUCAGGCGCUUGCCGGGUGAGGACAGCAGCCGGACACCAUGCUGGACCCGUCUUCCAGCGAAGAGGAAUCGGACGAAGGACUAGAAGAGGAGAGACGCGAUGUGCUGGUGGCGGCCGGUAGCUCCCAGCGAACCCUUCCUGCCGCUCCUCUCCGGGAAGGGCGGCGGGACCCUCCGGGGCGCCAGGGCUGCGGCAGCACGGCCAGACCGGUCAGCCCAAGCCCCUCAGUCCUCAGCGAAGGGCGAGAGGAGCUGGAGCGGCAGCAACAGGAGGAAAAUGAGAAGCGCAUCCGCCUGCAGCUUUAUGUCUUUGUAGUGAGGUGCAUAGCGUAUCCAUUCAAUGCCAAACAGCCCACCGACAUGGCCCGGAGGCAGCAGAAGCUUAAUAAACAACAGUUGCAGAUAUUAAAAGAACGAUUUUUGGCCUUCCUCAAUGGAGAAACCCAAAUUGUUGCAGAUGAAGCAUUUUGUAAUGCAGUUCGCAGUUAUUAUGAAGUUUUCCUUAAGAGUGAUCGGGUAGCCAGAAUGGUUCACAGUGGAGGGUGUUCUGCUAAUGACUUCAGAGAUGUAUUCAAGAAAAACAUUGAAAAGAGGGUACGGAGUUUGCCUGAAAUUGACGGUUUGAGUAAAGAGACAGUGUUGAGUUCAUGGAUAGCCAAAUUUGAUGCUAUCUAUAAAGGUGAAGAGGACCUGUGCAAACAGCCAAAUAGGAUGGCACUCAGUGCUGUGUCAGAACUUAUUUUGAGCAAGGAACAACUUUAUGAAAUGUUUCAGCAAAUCCUGGGCAUAAAAAAAUUGGAACAUCAACUGCUUUAUAAUGCAUGUCAGCUGGACAACGCAGAUGAGCAAGCAGCCCAGAUCAGAAGGGAACUUGAUGGACGUCUACAAGUGGCAGAAAAGAUGGCAAAGGAAAGGAAAUUUCCCAAGUUCGUAACAAAAGAAAUGGAGAACAUGUUCAUAGAAGAGAUGCGGUCUUCCGUGAAUUUGCUAAUGGCUAAUUUGGAAAGUCUUCCAGUAUCUAAAGGUGGCCCAGAGUUUAAACUGCAGAAAUUGAAGAGAUCACAGAAUUCUGCAUUCUUAGAUAUGGGAGAUGAGAAUGAGAUUCAGCUGUCAAAAUCAGAUGUGGUAUUGUCAUUCACAUUAGAGAUUGUCAUAAUGGAAGUUCAAGGUUUAAAGUCAGUUGCUCCAAAUCGAAUUGUUUAUUGUACGAUGGAAGUGGAAGGAGGAGAAAAACUUCAGACAGAUCAGGCUGAAGCCUCAAGGCCACAAUGGGGUACCCAGGGAGACUUCACCACUACUCAUCCUCGUCCUGUGGUCAAGGUAAAGCUCUUCACUGAAAGUACUGGAGUUCUAGCCCUUGAAGAUAAAGAAUUAGGAAGGGUGAUUUUGUAUCCAACUUCCAAUAGCUCAAAGACAGCAGAAUUGCACAGAAUGGUCGUUCCAAAAAAUAGCCAAGAUUCUGAUCUGAAAAUCAAAUUGGCCGUGAGAAUGGAUAAACCACCACAUAUGAAGCAUAGUGGAUACUUAUAUGCCCUUGGACAAAAGGUUUGGAAAAGGUGGAAAAAACGAUACUUUGUUCUUGUUCAGGUCAGCCAGUAUACCUUUGCUAUGUGCAGUUACAGAGAAAAGAAAUCUGAACCACAGGAGUUAAUGCAGCUGGAAGGAUAUACUGUAGACUACACGGACCCACAUUCAGGACUUCAGGGAGGCCAGAUGUUCUUUAACGCUGUCAAAGAAGGAGAUACAGUAAUAUUUGCAAGUGAUGAUGACCAAGAUAGAAUAUUAUGGGUCCAGGCUAUGUAUAGGGCAACAGGUCAAUCAUAUAAACCUAUCCCUGCAACUCAAACCCAGAAGCUGAAUCCCAAAGGAGGAACUAUCCAUGCAGAUGCUGCUCAGCUUUAUGCAGAUCGUUCUCAGAAACAUGGUAUGGAUGAAUUUAUUUCUGCUAAUCCCUGCAAGUUUGACCAUGCCUCCCUCUUUAGAUUACUUCAGAGACAGACUUUGGAUCAUAGACUGAACGAUUCCUAUUCUUGUUUGGGUUGGUUUAGCCCUGGCCAAGUCUUUGUAUUAGAUGAGUACUGUGCUCGUUAUGGAGUGAGAGGCUGUCAUAGACAUCUCUGCUACCUUACAGAACUGAUGGAACAUUCAGAAAGUGGUGCUGUCAUUGACCCAACCCUGCUCCAUUACAGCUUUGCCUUCUGCGCAUCUCACGUGCAUGGUAACAGACCUGAUGGAAUUGGAACCGUUUCGAUGGAAGAAAAAGAAAAGUUCGAAGAGAUUAAAGAAAGACUUUCUUCCCUUUUAGAAAACCAAAUUAGCCAUUUCAGAUACUGCUUUCCCUUUGGACGACCUGAAGGUGCUCUCAAAGCUACGCUUUCAUUACUUGAAAGGGUUUUAAUGAAAGAUAUUGCCACUCCCAUACCAGCAGAAGAGGUGAAGAAAGUGGUCAGAAAGUGUCUAGAGAAGGCUGCCUUGAUCAAUUACACUAGACUUACAGAAUAUGCCAAAAUAGAAGGGCCAGCAGAAAAGGAAACAGAGAUCAUGAACCAAGCUGCUCCUGCUAGAAAGCUAGAGGAGGUCCUUCAUCUAGCAGAGCUCUGCAUAGAGGUAUUGCAGCAGAAUGAAGAGCAUCAUUCAGAGGCAUUUGCUUGGUGGCCAGAUCUAUUGGCUGAACAUGCAGAGAAAUUUUGGUCAUUAUUUACUGUGGACAUGGAUUCAGCACUAGAGGCUCAGCCACAAGAUUCUUGGGAUAGUUUUCCACUUUUCCAACUGCUAAAUAACUUCCUAAGAAAUGACCCACUUUUAUGUAAUGGAAAGUUUCAUAAGCACUUGCAAGACAUCUUUGUUCCCCUGGUCGUCCGCUACGUGGAUCUCAUGGAAUCUUCCAUCGCCCAAUCUAUUCACAGGGGGUUUGAGCAAGAAACAUGGCAGCCUGUCAAGAACAUCGCCAACAGUCUUCCCAAUGUAGGUCUUCCAAAAGUUCCAAGUCUGCCUCUUAAUCUUCCACAGAUACCUAGCUUUUCUACACCAUCCUGGAUGGCUUCUUUAUAUGAGUCCACCAAUGGAUCUGCCACUUCAGAAGAUCUCUUUUGGAAACUGGAUGCACUGCAAAUGUUUGUCUUUGAUCUGCACUGGCCAGAACAAGAAUUUGCUCACCACUUAGAGCAAAGACUUAAACUCAUGGCCAGCGAUAUGAUCGAAGCCUGUGUAAGAAGAACAAGAAUUGCUUUCGAACUCAAGCUGCAAAAGGCCAGCAAAACAACUGACCUACGCAUUCCAGCAUCUGUCUGCACAAUGUUUAAUGUCUUAGUCGAUGCCAAAAAGCAAAGCACCAAACUCUGUGCCCUGGAUGGAGGGCAGGAGCUUGGUAGUCAGUGGCAACAGUAUCAUUCAAAAAUAGACGAUUUGAUCGAAGACACUGUAAAAGACAUCAUUUCCCUUCUGGUCUCAAAGUUUGUUUCAGUGUUGGAAGGGGUGCUAUCUAAGCUGUCAAGGUAUGAUGAAGGCACUUUCUUCUCAUCCAUUCUGUCAUUCACUGUGAAAGCAGCUGCAAAAUAUGUUGAUGUUCCAAAACCAGGAAUGGAUUUAUCUGAUGCCUAUAUCAUGUUUGUCCGGCAAAACCAGGACAUCCUUCGAGAAAAGGUCAAUGAGGAAAUGUAUAUAGAAAAGUUGUUUGAUCAAUUCACGGGCUUCCUGGUGACAGUUCAGCUGUGGUGGUUACAGAAGGUCCAGGAACAUCACCGUCUCCGCCACGGUCUGUCUUGUCCCCGUAUGCCGUUUGUCAGAUUGGGUGGUCACGAUGAAACUCCUCUCUCCCUUUUUACAUUUUUAGAAUUCUACCCAGGCCAUUUUACAAUAAAAGUAUCAUCUGUUUUAAUAAGCUAAGUGUUAAUAUGUGUGAAAAGAAUGAUUUCAUAUAAGCUUUGAUGCCCUGCAGGGGUAGAAAAAUUACCAUCCAUUCAGCUGGCACUUUUUCAUAGUACUAAAACCAUGUUAACAACUUGUGCGUCAGUUUGGAAGUGCUCUCAGCCUCCAAGCAGAUGGUUCGUUUUGAAGUCCUCUUCCUCGUUUUUUUUUACUUAUGCUCAAUUUCUUAAAUGUUGGACAGAGGGAAAGUUGAGCUCCUGUUAUUCUAGCAAUGUUUUUUUCUCAAUAAGUCCAGCUGCAACAUGCUUUCUGGGUCUCAUACAAGGCAGCUUAGUUUGGGAGAGAGAAUGAACAAGAAUACAUGGUGUGCAGAAUCACUUUUCUUUUUUUUCUAGGAGACUGAAUUGUGAAAUAUUGUGAACCCCUUUUUGGCAUCAUACCAAUUCAUAACAGGGCAUCAGGUUGUCAUUUCUCUUCCUUCUUGAGGCUUCUUAUGAGGAGAACAGAGCUCACUAAUUAAAGUGGAACCAGGGAGACAGAAUAAGACAUAAAAUUGAUUAAGAUCUCUAAGCCAUUCUGGUUAAAAUGUGAGCAUCUUUGGGGAGCUCUAGCACUGGAAAGGGCUGCCAUAUGCAAUUGUUACUUCAAUGUUAAAGCAGGACUUCUCCAGGCAUCCUUUCUGAAAACUAUCUCCAACAUCACUUUCCUGCAUGCCAACAUUAUUUCCAUGCUACAAUAAUUAUUCUCAUUGUCAUAAAAUAGAGGCAUUUUCUUAAACAUUUUGAUUAUUAAUAUAUGCAUAUAUACAUACACACAUAUGACUAUAACUGUCUAUAUAUUAUUGGUUGAUAGAUGGAUGGAUGGAUAUGAUAUAGUAAAACUUGACCUUUUAGCUCUUACAUAUGAUAGCAAGAAUAAACAUGGCAGAGGACUAAGAGCCCCCUAAUUAGCCAAUGUCAAAUUUGUCUCAUUCCCAAUAAGUAAAUGAGGGGUUAUCAAGUAGGUGUUGAAAGGUAAAAUAGAAAAAAUAUAAAACUGAAUCAAUAGAUUAUAACUGAAAGAUAUUAUUUAAUUAUUAGAGAUCCAUUUAGCUACAUCUCAAAGUAGUAUUUAUAUGGUGUCAGAAAACAAUUUUAAAAAAUGAGUCUGGAUACUAUUUAAUACCUUAGCCUAUUGCUGAUAAAAGAUGGAAGGGAAGAAUUUUAUUCAGUCAUUUUGAAAAUCUGUGUCAUUCCAAAUAAGGUACUUCCUAAGUAAGUUCAGAGCAGAGGUCUUUGCAACUUGCCUGCCUUGAAUGCUGCUAGCAUCACUUGCCAAAUAGAAUUUCAAAAAAUAAUAAUCUAGAUGUUUCUUAAUCUCUGUGACAAGCUAUAUCAAAGUCAUAUUCCAUGGAACUUUGGCAUUCUGUGUGAGGUAAAUAUGAAUCCAAUAACAAAAUGCCAAUUCUGAUAUUUCCCCAUAAAUAUUAAAUAUGACUUAUGUGUCAAAACUAUUAUGUGAAACAUAGCAUAAAAUAGUUAAUUUAUUCUAUUUAUUCCAUAAUUUCCCUCACCCUAAAUCUUCACUUAUAUAUAAAUUGAAUAAAUAAAAGAAUGAAUGAAAGAAUAUUAUUAACCCCUUAAUAUGCACCAAGCACUGUGUUAAGUACUAAGGAACACAUAAAAAAAAAAGGACAGACUGCUCUCAGGGAGCUCACAUUCUAAUUGGGGACAUUCAGCUUAGAAGAGAAAAUUCAGAUACAGAGUAGAUGGAAAAGUUCUGAAGUUCUAGGGGAGUAUCAGGGAGUGGGAGGAAAGGUCCGGGUCCUUAAGUUAUAUCUGUAUAUCAUAAGACAGUUCAAGGAGUCUUGUGGGCAUGGAGGUAGGGCAAAUGGUAAGAUCUAGAAUGCAUUCACAGGAACAUGGUAAGGUCUGGUUUUUCUCUAUUUCACCUGGGACGACUAAGUGUCUUUAUAUGAUAUAAUAGCAUAUUAUGUUAUAUUACAUUAUAUUAUAUUAUUACAUAUGUAAUAUAUGUCCUAUAAGGAUACAAAGCUGGACCUGGUACCAAAAGGGGGGAAAAUUAUGUAAUACAUUUAUGAGGCAGGUGUUCAACCUGUCCACAAAAAUACCAGAAUUAUGAAAAAGUUUAUCCUUGUAUUUCCCAUAAGAUAUUGUGCGUAUUAGGCAUUUAAUGUUUGAUAAGGUAGGGAGAGAGAGUACAUUAUAUUUUAAUGAGUAAACCUUUUUUUUUUCACUCAAGAGGCCUCAUCUGCUGCUUAGGGUCAUAGAAUUUUGAGUUGUAAAGCAUUUUAGAGACCAUCAAGUCCAAUCCUCUCAGUCUCUACUAAUGGGGAAACAAACUCAGAGACUUGCCCCAAAUCAAACAGGUAGUAAACAGUGGCGACAAGUUCCAAGUAUUCUGGAUCUCAUUCAGUGUCUCUGUCCACAGCCCCAUGCUGUCUGAAACUUUCCUUGGAAAUCAUAGCAGCCAGAGAUGAAAUUCCUAGAUAUGCAGGCAUCGGUUGGCAAUGCUGAAAUGACAGGUUGUUGGCUGCAGUAUGGCCACUGAGGAGACUUUCCUUUAAGUGGUUCGGUCAAUUGUGGGACUAGCCCAGGACACGGAACAGCCUUAUAUUGGUUCUGGGUCUUGACUCAAGAUGUCAAGGAUACACCUGGGUAUUCUGAUAGUUGCCAUAGAAAACACAAAGGGUUCAGAACAAGCCAAGUCAAAAAACUUUUCCUAAGCACUUUAGCAUAUCAGGACCUUUCCCAAGGGUUGGAAAUAUAAAUUAAAGCAGAAAUAAAGAAAGACUCUAUUCUCAAGAAGCUCAUAUUCUAAUAGUAGAAGAUGCCGCACAAAAAGGAGCUAAAAAUAAUGGGGAGGAGGUGAAGAUACUUGGCGGGGUUCAUGUUAGAGUAAGUCCUCUGGGCAGUCAGGGCCAGUGUCUUCUCUUUAAAACAGAGGUUCUAGGAGAAACCAACCAAUCCAUAGGGAGAGGCAAAAGGGUGAAGGCUGCUUCCAAUGGAAAAAAUAACCCAAGGUCUGGAGUGAGUUUGCAGGGUAAAGAGAUUUCUAUAAAAUGGUAAACAAAAUCUGCGAAGAGAUAACUAUAUCCUUCUGACUAUUAAAUAUGAGUUUAUGUAUUAAAACUGUUGUGCAAAACAUUUUAACAUGAAAAUGGGGUUCAUUUACUCCUUAAAAAAAAAAAAACCUUUACCUUCCAUCUUAGAAUCAAUAAUGUAUAUUGGUCCCAAAGCUGAAGAGUGGUAAGGACUAGGCAAUGGGGAUUUUUAAGUGACUUCAGCAGGGUCCCACAGCUAGGAAGUGUAUGAGCCCAGAUUUGAACCUAGAACCUCCCUAAUUCUAUCCACUGAGCCACCCCUGCUCCCAGCAAAGUUAUUCUGUUUUUUAAAAAUGUUUAAUUAAUUAUUUGAAUUAAUUUAGAAUAUUUUUCCAUGAUUACAUUAUUCAUGAGUCACUCCCCACCCAAGUGAAGUUAUUCUUGAGGAAUGAAAAAUUCUUUCCACUAAGGCUUAAAGCAGCUUUUGCCAGUGUUCAUCAUCUUGGUAAACCAUGUUUAAAGCUGUCUUUCUGUUCCCCAGACAAGAGACUUAGGAGGGGCUUCAGCAAGGAGUUUUCUUUGUAUACUCAGGGCCAGAGACGCUCAUUUUUUAAACUUCAGCCAUUUCCCAGGUCUCGCGCCUCUCCUGGUUCCAAUAUUUUAGCAUUAGUGCUCCAAGGGCUCCCGCAUUGCUCUCAGGGAUCCUGAAUGAGGCCAAAGUCAGUCAACACACAUAGAUUAAAUACUGCUCACCUGCCAGGGGCUGAACAAAUUAAACACUGUGGGGAAAAAGAAAGGCACUGCCUGCUUGAAUCUCCAGUCUUUACUUGUUGGCUAGAGACUGGAGGUGCUCAAGUCACAAAGAAUUUCAACUUGGAGCUCUGGGUACUACAAGGAAAUCCUGGCAGUCACCAUGACCAAAGGAGCUUCAGGUAUGUGAUGACCUCAACAAAGGAAGUUUUGUGCUUCAAAAAACAAAAUUGUAACUAAAGAAGAUCAGAGACUUUAGAGUUGGAAGGGAUCAUCUCAGAGGUCAUCUAAGAAGCAAAGACCCAGAGAAAAAAACCCAGACUUGUCCAAGGUCACGUAGGAAUGAAAUGGAAGAGCUCGGCUUUGAACUCAGAUCUUUUUUAUUCUAAAUCAAGCAGUCUUCCCACUACAUACACUGUACUGCCUUGGGGCAGCUAAUAGAAUUGAUACAGGUGAGAGAGCUGCCAUGUUAAAAAAAAAGUAAUUAAAUGAUUAGGACUCAAUCUGGAAAGUUGAGAGCUAAGAGGAAAGAUGAUGUGCAUGAAGUAGAUAAAAUUAUUAAAGAUAUAGGUAGGUCAUUUAUUAUUAUUAUAGCUAUGAUUUAUUUAUUUAGCAUUUUGAGGUUUACAAAGCCUCUUUAUAAAGAUCCCAUUUUAUAUUCUCAAUCACCUUUGGUUACUUAAGGCAGGCAGAAAUUUGAAUACCAAAGUCAUAUAAUUAGUGUGAGGUUAAAUUUGAACUCAGAUCUUCCAAGCUCCAGUUAUAGUGCUCUGGCCACUAUGCUACCUAGUUGCCUAAGUUUUAAACCCUCAGUUCAAACUGAGUUUAAAGUGAGUUCAAUUCACUUAAUCUCUAUCUACCUCACUUUUUCCAUCGGUAAAAUAAGGAUAAUAUGAAAUACUACCAUAAGAUAUGAUGAGGAGGUUAAUUUUUUAAAAAAUAGAAAGUUCUAUAAGAAAUCAUGAAGUGAACCAAGUAAAAGCAAGAAAACAUUAUAUGCAGCUACAAAAAUUGAUGUUUGAUAACUUGUGAAUGUCUGUUCAGGGAAAAAAACUAAUCAAUAAAAACACAAAUGGCACUAUAUAUAGAUAUUUAUAUAUGUCUAAAAGAUAGAUAGAUAGAUAGAUAGAUAGAUAGAUAGAUAGAUAGAUAGAUAGAUAGAUAGAUAGAUAGAUAAUCAAUUGAUACUUUCUCUGGUGAGGGAGGGAAAUACCUGGAAAUUUUGAUAUAGCCAAAAAACAAAUUAAUUAAUAAUACUAAAGGAAUAAUAAUACCUUGCUCACAGAGUUGCAGUGAGAAUAAAAUGUAGUACUUGUAAAGUGCUUUGCAACCCUUAAAGUAUAAUAUAAAUCCUGACUUUUUUGUUACUGAAUGAGGUAUAGACAUGUCCAUCAAAUCUCAGCAUUUUAGAAAUAGGAGACAACCCCUUGUAAGGACAAAAGAGUUUGAUUUAAGAUCAGUGAAAAGGAAUAUCACUUCACACAAUGAUUAAUACAUUUAUUAAACAGGAGCAGCUGAGUGGCUCAGAUGGGAGGUCCUGGGUUUGAGUAUGACCUCCGACACUUCCUAGCUGUGUGAUCCUAGGCAAGUCACUUAACCUAGCCUUUACCACUCUCCUACCUUGGAACCAAUGCACAGUAUUGAUUCUAAGGGGGAAGGUAAGGGUUUUAAAAAUUAAAUAAAACCAAUGUAUUAAACUCUUUACUUCAUGGGGAGCAAGGCUAAAAUUAUAAAGAUUCAAAAAGGUUGAUACAAAUGAGAGAGAGGUUGAGUUACUUGGUUUAAUUCCUUUAAGUGUCUAUAGUGUUCAAAGUGCUCAACUCCCUAUGUUCUAAGGGAGAUAGCAGUUGGAAUAAGGCACAAUCCCUGCCCUCAUAGAGCCCACAAUCCUAGUAAAGGAUAUGUCUUUGUAUCCCCAGCUCUUUAACAUAAAGCCUGGCACAUGCUAAGCCCUUACUGAAUCCUUCUUCACUUCUUGUUGACUUGCCAUAGACACAGAUAACAAGAAUGGUUCACCUUUUGGUGAAUCCUUAAACUUUACUCAUGAAAAUAAUAUCAUCCAAUAAAUGAAGAUUGCAAAGCAAAGAAUCACAAUUUGAGAGCAGGAAGGGAGCUCAACAGCUAUUGAGUCUGACUGACAUGUGAAAAGAAUCCUACUCUAGAUACCUGAUCGAUCAUCUAGUCUCUUCUUGAAGGCUUAGGAAGAGAGGGAAUCCACUACCAAUCCCACCAACCCAUUCUACUUUGGGACCGUUCUCAUUGUUGGGAUUUUUGUAAACUUAGCCCUAAACCUAAAUAUGCCCCCUUGCAACUUCUCCUCCUAGUUGUGGUUCUACCCUUUGUGGCCAAGGAACAGAUAGUGAAUGCUUCUGCCAAAGGAAAGCCCUUCAACCUGAGACUUCUCUUCUCUAGGCUAAACGCUCCUUCCUCCCCAUUGGGGAGGAUUCAUUCAUUCAUUCAUUCAUUCAUUCAACCGAUCUUUAUAUUACAGGGACUCAAGACUCCUCAGCAGCCUGUUUCUCAUACUUGGGAUGCUCUCAGGCUCUUCAAUGUUGACACCCUGGAUACAGGGCUCCAAAUACAAUCAGUCUCAGAAAUGGUGUCUCUUACUGCCUCAGCGCUUUUACAACUCCUCCUGUGUAACUUUUGCACAAAUCCCCCCUUAAAUCCUUCAUGCUUGGUAUACCCAUUGUGUUAGUCUUCUUCCUCCAAGCCUUUCCAGCUAACAUGAGUACUAGUGAAGCCCUCAGGGCAGUAUAUCUCUUAUCCUUUACUCUCACCAUGGACCUCCUUUCCCCAGUUGUAUAUAACUAGAAGAGCAAAGAUGUUGCAUUUUAAUGUUCCUGAGACAUUCUUCUCACAAAUAAUCCUGUGGGUAGGGAGUACAAAUGACCCUCCUUUUAUAAACAAAGAAACUCAGGCUUAGAGAGGUUGUGACUUUCUCAUGAGGACAGACACAUGACUUGACCCAGUUUUUUAAACAUAGGAGUUUUCUAAUUAUAAGACUCUUUACUAUAUACUAUUCAGUCAGUGAACAAAUAUUUAUUAAGUACCUCCACUAUCUGUCAUGAACUAUGUUAAGUAGUGAGGAUCUGAAGAAAAGAAAAAAAAACCCAGUCCCUAUUCUCAAAAAGCUCACUGUGAUUUAAUGUCUCAAUCCAUACUAUGUGACAUUAUUAAAAUGAAAAAAAUGAUGCUUUGUGAGAUCUGACUGGUGUGGAGGGAGGCAUGAAUAUUGUUACCACCUAACAAAGAAUUGGAAAGUGAGGAGAAACCCAUCAAUUGAGGAAUGACUGAGUAAGUUAUAGUGUAUGAUUGUAAUGGAAUACUACUGCACUAUAAGAAAUGACAAGCAAGAGGAGAUUAAAAAAACCUGGAAAGCCUAACAGAAACUGAUGGGGAAUGAAGGAAGCAGAAUCAAGAGAACAUUAUAGUGUCAGCAAUAUUGUAUGAAAAACAAAUGUGAAUUACUUAUACCUAUUCUCAGAAAUAAAACAAUUCAAAAUGAUCUCAAAGGAUUCAUGAUAAAAAAUCUCAUCUCCUUCCAGAGAAAGAACGAUAGAUUCAGAAUCCAGACCAAAACAAAAUUUUUUUCACUUUCUUAAUUUUUUUUUUGCUGGACUUUACUUUCAUAAAAGGAUUGAUAUCAAAAAAUAUUUUACAUGAUUUUACAUUUAAAAUCUUAUCAAGUUGCUUACCAUCUCAGUGGGGUCAAGGGAAGAGGGGGAGAGAAUUUUAGACUCCAAAUUUUAAAAAAGUUGAAAAGUGCUUUUAUUCAUAAUUGAGGGAGGAUCAAAAUUCCAAAAAAGAAUAUUGUUAGCACCCUGAGACAUGUGGAGGACUUAAAAGAGUCUCAUUUGAGAUGAGAUCUGAAGGAUGGUUGGAGCAAGAUGAAGUAGGAAAAGGAAGGGAUAUCACAGGCAUAGAGAACAGAGAUGCAGAGGAAGAAGAAUACAGAAUAUGUACAUGGGACAAAGAGCACUCCAGAGGUUGUAAGUAUAUGAUGAAAUAUGGCAAUAAAUAUAGAAGAGGAGAUGGUUUUUGUAGCCCUCUCAUAUUAUAGAGAGCCCAGAAUUCCAAACAGAGGAUUCUAAACUUUACUCUGCAGUCAAUAGGGAAGCAAAGAAAGGAAUAGCAUGAUAUGUUAACACCCCCAUCUUUUGAGAUUGGCAUGCACUCCACAAAAUAUGCUGUGACAGUUUGAGAGUACAGGGAAAAAUUUCUGAACUACACUCAGGGAAUUUGAUUCUAUUUCUGAUUAAGCCAGUAACUAAACAGUCAUUCAAACUCACAGGACUCCAUGUGAGUUUCCAAGUUCAAAUCCAGACCCUACCACUAAUUACCAAUGUGACCCCAAAUAUGUCAUUAAAUUCUUUGAAACUUGAAACCCCAAACCAUUUAUUCUUUAGAAUAAAUGUAUUUGAUAACAUUUCCAAUAUCACUUUCAGCUCUUCAUUUUUAUCUUGAUUCUUAUCUUGUUCAUUCAUUCUUCCAUCAUGUUCAAAUCCAUCGUGGACCCUAUUUGGGAUUUUCUUGGCAGUGAUGGUUUGCCAUUUCCUCUUUCCGCUCAUUUUAUAGAUAAGGAAAUUGAGGCAAACAGGGGCAAGCAACUUGCCCAGUGUCACAGAGGUAGCAAGUGUCUGAGGUCAGAUUUGAACACAGAAGAUGAGUCUUCUUGACACUAGGCCAAGCUUUCUACCCACUGUGCACUUAGUUUUCUUUGUUGUUUAGUCUUUUCAGUUGUGUCCAACUCUUCAUGAUCUUAUUUGGGGUUUUCCUGGCAAAAAUAGUGGAGUUAUUUGCCAUUCCUCCUCUGCUUAUUUUACAGUUGAGGAAAUGGAGGAAAACAAGGUUAAGUGACUUGCCCAAGGUCAUAUAGCUAGUCCUGUUUGGAACUCAGGAAGAUGAGUCUUCAAGUCUAGACACAUGACUGCCCAUGAUUCAUAUACAUGAUUCAAUUAAUUAAAACAUUAAUUAAGCAGUUACUUUGUACCAGGCUGUGGUGGGGUAUAAAUUUAAAAGGGAGACAGUUCCUACCUUCUAGGAGCUUACGUUGUCCUAGGGGCAGGUUAUGGGCUUGAACAUAACAUGUUCACAGAUAAAUUCAGGAUCCAAACAAAAUAAAUAUACCCUGAUAGGAAGGGGAGCAGUUAACAAAUAGAAAAAUCAGGAAAGGUCUCUUCCCGAAGGUGAUGUCUGAACUGAGCUUAAGAGGGAGCUAGGGAUUCCAUGAAGUAGAAGUAAGGAUGGAAAGCAGUCAACAUGUGAGGGCAGCUUGCAGAAAAACAGAGGCCAUGUACAGGGAAAGAGACAAGUAGACUGUCCUGACAGGGACAAAGAUCAAGUAUGGUGAGUCAUAUAUAAUCAGCCUUCAGCAGGAGCCGGAUAGAGAUGGGCUUAAAUGACAACAGAGUUUGUAUUCUAAAUAUUCAGUAUAUUCUUGGCACAUAGUAAAUGUUUAAUAAAGAUUUGUUGACUGACUAAGGCAAUGAGAGGUAUCAGAAGCUGCAGGAACAGAGGAGUGCCAUAUCAAAUCUCUACUUUAGAAAGAUCAUCUUGGCAGCUGGGUAGGAGAGAAAUGGCAGGAAGAAGAGACUAGAUGCAAGGGGACCAAUAAGGAGGCUGUUUCAGAAAUUUAGUACAGAGACAAUAAGGAUUUGGAUCAGGGUAACUGUGGUGUGAGGAGAGAAAAGAAAAUUAGUGGGACAGGUGUUGAGGACUCAACAAAACAUGGUGGUGGUUUCAAUAUGGGUGAUAGGGAAAGCAGAGAGUUGAUUCCUAGGUUUCAAAUCUAGUGGCCUGGAAGAAUGGUGGUUACUUCAACAGAAACUGAAAUUCGGCUUAAGGGGAUGGAAAGAUAAUCAAUUCUGCUUUGGAUAUGUUGAAAUUGAGAUACCUCUGAAACAUCUGGGCAGAGAUGUUUUGCCCAGGUGAAGGAUGAGGGUUCAAUGAACAGAUGUAGUGAUCUUCUCAAUAGAAAUGAUAAGCAAACUAUGGGAUCUGAUGAAGUUAUAGAGAGAGAAAAGGAGAAGAACCAAAACAGAAUCCAAUGAUGAAUAGAGAAUGAUUAACACACAAAGGAGACAAAGGAUGAAUCUGAGAGAUAGGAAGAAAAACCCAUGGAGAACAGAAUUUAAGGAUAAUAUGAACAUUGACAAAUGCUAUAGAAAGUUUUUAAAAGAUGAUAAUUUCUUUAAAAUAGGGAUAUGUUAGACUAAUCUAUCUUAAGCUUCCCUAUGAGUCUUUGAUCUCACCAUCAGAAAUGGAAUACUAAGUUGGAUAGAUCGUGAAUCUUAAUGCAGAAUUUCUUGUGUUUUAAUAUGAUGGCUACUUGAAAGCAAAAUCUCUCACCCACAGAUGAAAUCAACGAGAAAGGAAGCAGAAUAGGAACUUCACUGAUGUUUAUAUGUAAAAGAAAUCAUGUGGUUUGAAACAUUUCACAUCUCAGUAAGGUCCCAAGCCCAGAGGUUCAGGCAAAACUGCUUAUACUCCUCCUCAAUAUUAAUAUGGAAACUUUAAGCCUUUGAAUAGGACUUUCAGAUUCUGAGAAAUCACUCUUGUGUACAACAAAUGCUUAUCAAUUUACCUACAGAACAUGUUCCUUUAAGACAAUAUUACAUGAUAUGUUCAUUAGAAAUAUCCAAAUGCUAGAUGCAGCCUUGGGUAGGGAGAAUUUGGUGACUGACAGAUAUAGAAUUUAGAGAAUACUUUAUGGAAAAGUUGAUUUUGAGUUAUGCAUCAAGGGAUGGUGAAGAGGUGGGGAGGAUACUCUAGGGCAGUGUUGGUGAAUCUUUUAGAGAUUGCAUGCCCAGACUAUACCUUCAAGCCACCUGUGACACCUCAUACACAGAGGUGUCCCCCAGAGAACGGAGGGAAGAUGUGCUUGCAUUUGGCUGGCAGACAUAGGGAUGGGGCAUGCAAAAAAAUUGUCCCCAAAUGUAGUGGAGAGAGAGAAUGGAGUAACCCCCUCUGGCAUGCUGGGACAUGUGUGCCACAUCUUCACCAAUGUGGCUCCAGGGAGAUUGAAUACUAUAAAUGCAUGUGUAACCUAGGACUCAAAUGCAAUUGUGUAAAAUUCUCCUGAUGGGUAGAGAAUGAUAACUUGAUGGUUGUGUCUGCAUAAGGAAUAGCAUUCUCCACAGAUGAGAUCACAUAUUUUAAAAACUUACCAUGGAUCUGACAAUGUGCUUAAGCACUGGAUAUUCAAAUACAAACAAGCAGAAGGGUUAUUGCCCUCUGGGAGCUUACAUUCUUUUUAAAGAAUGACAACAUAUAAAGGGGAGUGGUGGCCAGGUAGAAGUUUUCUGAACAGGAAUUAACACUGAGGACAUAUGAAAUCAUGAACUAUGUUCAGGGGAUAGAAUUGUCCAGAUAGAAUUCAGGGGAUAGAGCUGGAAACAGAAAUACAAAACUGGUUGGCCUUGACUUCAUGCCCUAAGGAUCAUCAUGCCUUGUACAAGUUACACAUCCUUUUUCACAAGACUCAUAUAUUUCAAGAUGGCAGGGGACUUGGAAAUCAUUGAGUUCAUUCUGAAAAUGAGGAACUGAGACCCAGAGAGGGUGUGACAUGCCUAUGACCACACAGAAAAUAGAUGGGAGAGCUGGGAGACAAACCCAGAUUCUCUACCUCCAAAUCCAGCAAUUCUUCCAUGGCACUGUGGCAAAACCCAAAGGAAAAUCUACUGGGCCUGCCCUUCCAAAAAGAGAUGUUUGGACCUCCGUCAUACUUUCCCUAGUCUUAACUUUUCUCUUUUCUGGGAAUAAAUCCUCCUUGGCUCCAGGAAGUUUAAUGACCCUAUGAUGGAUUCCCUUUAAUUCGCCUGGCCUCACAAAUAUGAAUGUAAUAGAUAAAUCUUCAGAUUCUUGACUCUUUUUUAUUUUCUUGCCUGAGUCCCUUGCUUGAUAUUAGUGAGACUGGAGCCUGCUGUAACAAUUCUUACUAAUCUGACUGUCCCCAGACUCUCCAAGCAGGGUUCACUCAGACUUAAGAGCAUAUUCAGCAAGCUCUGUGUCAGUAUUAAAUAAAGUCCCCUCAAACUUAAGCAUUUUUCUAGACAGGAAAGUGAUAACGUUGCAGAAGCCAAAAUUCUCAUCAAAAGAAGCUGCCUCUGUGGCACUGGAAACAAAAAACUCAGGCCAGAGGAUAGAAAACACAAAGGGAAUUUUAUACUGCAUAGCACUGAGGGAAUAUUAACCAUCUUGAUUCAAGAAUCAUAGGUAGCCUAGCAUACUCUCAAAAGCUUUGUGCAUAUACAGGGCUUUGAUUUUUGACUACUAAAUCCCUUUAAAUCAAUCUCUUUAUGGUUUUCUCAUUGCAAAGGCCCAUCAGGGUGCAGCAUUUAAUUGGUAAAUCAUGCAGAUUAAACAUUCUCUUGUGUUAUAAAAUGAUUAAAUAUUUAAUUAUUAAGAAGUUUCAUUUGUUCUAGGUUUUUUAAUAUUAUUAUGUUAUAUAAAAUUAAAAGUAAUUCUUUAAAUGAUAGUUAAUCAGUUAUAUUCACCUAAUCUAUGUUUGGUAAAGGUUUAAUUUCUCAUAAACUUUCUUAGGAAAAAAAUAGCCCUAAUUUUUUUUAAGCAAAGCUUUUCUAAGUGGAAGGAACCUUUUUAAAGAGUUUGAAUUCAAAUAUUAUAAUUGAGUCCACUAACUGUUUUUAAUGUGACAUUAAGAAAGGGAACCAAAAUGAACAGAUAGUAAGUGAAUAUAUUCCUCAGAAUGAAACUUAAUAUUCAUAAACAUUUGUUUGUCAUCCUUCACCUAGUAAGGAAAAGGUAUUAGCAUUCAAAAAUUUCAGUUAGUGUUUCAGACCAACUCCCACAUGUUUUGGUGCUCAAGUUGGUUUAUUACUAGUAAGAUUCAAGUUUCUGUUCUUAAGGAAGAAAAAAAUAGUAAGCUUAUUUAAAAGACCCACCAGUUUCUAAUACAUUACAUAAUUCCUAAUAACAUCUUAAAUCACCAAAAAAUUGGUCAGUGUAUUUAACUCAUGGAGAAAAAUUUUCUCCCUUUUAGAGUUUAUUUUUUAGUUUAAAAUGAAUAGUGAUUACUGAAUUUUCUUGAAUUUUCUUGAAUUUCUUGAAUCAAAAUAAUUCUAAAAUGCAUUAAAAAUCCUAGAUAAAUAAGAAUUGACCAAUUUCACUCAUGUUUCCUGCUCACUGAUACAGAAAUAAAAUUAUAUUUUCUCCUGUUAUAUCUGGCCACCAUAGGACACAAAAGAUACUUUCCAAUUCAUUUGGCUCAUUGGAUGGAGUAAUUUUCCUCAAAAAAAAAAUGAUCCCUUUAUUUUUAAAAAAUCUCUUACUCUACCUUAAUAUUGAAUAUAUUAAGAGCCAUUACCUCAGAACUUAAGUUUCAAGGAAAAAUCAAUUCAUUGGAUUAGAUGAUUAUAUGCUACAAUCUAAGAAGGAAUAUGAAUCAUCUGAAAUAAAAUCAGUAGUCCUUAAUAAAAACAGGCAAUCAGGAAAUUUAAAAUUUUUCAAAUAUGCUUCUUUCAAUUUUCAAAAUUGUUGGAUUAAUAUUUGCUUUUUUAAUGGAAGCCCCCUAAAGGCAAAGAUUGUUUCAUUUGAGGAUUUAUAUUCCCAGAAAUUAGCAUAGUGCUGGACAUAGAAUAGGCACUUUAAAAAUGCUUGCUGAUGAAUAUAAGAUGACUGGGUUGUGAUCUACUUCCAUCAAUAAAAAAGGAUGGUUGAUAAAAGUUCAAUGAUGUACUUGAGCCUAUUUGAGGUAAUUUGUUUCUAAAGAGUGUUGUUAUGGACUAUGCAAGAACUAAACACAGAUCAAGUGAAGUACUGCAACAAAAAGAAAACACAAAUCUCAUAAAUGAUCAUUUUGCAAAAGCAGUGACAACAACACAAAACCUUUUUCAAACACUUUCAUACAGAGUUGCUCAAAUAAUCUUCUCCCAGUGACUAGAAAAAUUACUUUCUGGAUUAGAUCCAGUAUGUGUUUAUAUGCCAUGUAUUUGGAUGAGUUUCUCUGUGUAAGUAUUAACUCCUUUAAUAAAAAAAUAGAGCACUGGCCUCAGACACUUCCUAGCUUUGUGAUCCUGGACAAGUCACUUAACCCCAAUUGCCUAGCCCUUACUGCUCUUACACCUUGGAACCAAUAGUAAUAUCGAUUCUAAGAAGGUAAGGGGCUUAAGAGAAAAAAAAUAAGAUGGGACAUAUUAAGAUGCAAGGAAACCAGUAGAAUGGCAUUGGCUAUUUACAUUUAAGAUGUGCCAUUUCCUCUCAUAAUUUCCUUUCAUAAUUUUAGAAAAACGCUGAUUUUCAAAAUCAAAAGCUAUUUAGGCACAAUUUUCCUCACCCACACCUCUUCCAAUAACACAAUAAUUUCACAUUUUUCCUUUAAGAAAUACUCUUUCUUUCUCCAAAAUCUGGGCAGUUAUUCUCUGUAGCUCAAACCAUCCAGUCUUGCCCUAACAUCUUGUAUUUUUUGUUUUGUUUUGUUUCUGUAUUUGAAGUGUGCAAAUAGAAAUCAUUAGCAGUUGCCCUGUCAUGCCCAACCAUGAUGUUUCCUUUUCAUUUUUUCCAUCAAAAGAGCCUGAUUGCUCCAUCCUGAUGGUUAUAAUAUCAACACUCAAAGUUGAAUGCUAAUCACAUUCCCAUGCCAUAACCAUUAUUUUCUUCUUCCAUCAGUAGAAAAAGGAUGGAUGAUAUAAGUUCAAUGAUGUACUUGCGCCUAUUUGAGGUAAUUUAUCCUUAAAGAUGGGUAUGUUGUGGACUGUCCCCUAUUGUGUGUUAAGGGACAGAUAUGUAGCUCUGGCCUGAUUCAUUUUUAUAUACUUUAUGUACAUUGACUAGUCCUGUCUCAGUCACUCAUCACAGAAGAUGGAAUUAGCCACUUGGCUGUUUGCUUUGCAUACCACCUUUAGAAAGUUAUCUUCCUGUGAACCACUUAGUGAUUGGAAGGGGCUUUAUUUUAUUAGUUAUAUUUUACCUUGUGUAGGAAUAAAACCAGAUUGUUCAUAUUGAAACUUGUUCUUUGUAUUGUCUUUCCCUAACUUAGUAAAUAGUACUGAUGGAGCCCAGGAUAUUUAGCAAUGUUUUCUGCUGAAUGUUUAAAGCCUCUCUUUUAAAACGUCGUUUUCUCUCAAGUUACAGAUGUCUACUUCAUUUUUGUUAAUAAUCCCCAUUUUGGAUGUUAAGUUAUUAUUUGUAAGUGUAAAAAUUUACAAAAAGGUCUACUUUUGAUCUCCCGUGUGUGCUCAAACGGCUUUGGCAAGUUGAGACGAGGUGGGGAGAGGGUAAAGGUCUUCGUUUGAAUCUAAAUCUGUUGAUGAAUUAAAAUUGGAGAAACUUGAGAUGAGCGUGCCUAAUUACCUAAAAAGAAACUCAACAAGAAAAUGUAUUGUAGCUUGUUGAUCUUAUUUCUUUGAUAAUUCAAAAGAAUCUUCAAGAAAUAUGUGGACUUCUUCCUUGGGUUCUUGAAAUGUGAUCACGGAACACAAUUGUCAUUUGGCACCUACCCAGAAACACACAUCUUUUGCAUGAUGCACCUGGACAUAUGUGGCAGGUCUGGUAGAAUCAGCUAAUUAACAACACAGGCUUAAACAGGCACCUCAUCUGGCAGGGUAGUUAGCGGCCUGAUGGUGCUCAGCAGGGUUUGGUAGUGCUUUUUAUUUUUCUAUCCUAAUGGUCUGCUGCCCACCUAAUUUUGCCUUAUUGUCAGUCACUACUUACCGCAGCUUGGGGCCCUCCCAGGAGGCUAAAUUAUUAUCAAAGGAUUAGGGAGAUGUAGCCUUGCAGCUCUGACAUUUCUGAUUACUUGUCUAUGCCAGAACACUAAUUAGCUGUGACUAAUUAAGAAAAAUGUUCCUGCCAUAGAAAACCAUUUAAAAGAACUGAGAAGUAGAAAAGCAAUUCAAAAGCUGAGCAGUGCUCACAUUUGCUGAUGCUAUUUAGAUUUCCACCAGAGCCUUAACUCACCUUUAAUUGUGCUCAGAAUUUGUUUUAAAAAGUGCAUGCCACACAUGCAAACUGAGCUGAGCGUUUGGAUUCAAUAGAAGAAGAAAAAAACAAAUUUCAUCACUGAAACUUUCUUCCUUUGAUGAGUUUCUUUUUUGACAAAAGAAAAGCAAGCAGAAAAAAAAAGUUUAGUUCUCAAUAAAACAUUUUUCUAAAUGCCAAAUAUAAAAAUAUGAGGAUGUCUUUCUCUCAUCCUUCCUUCUUCAUCUACACAACACACACACACACAUACACAGAGUCAAGAAUUUGGAGUGUUUUUAAAACAUUUUAUAAUCUUGGGGGGAAAGCAAAAAUAUUUUUGACCUAGUGUUGAUUUAGGAAAAGAUACUCAUUUGGUAGAGAAUAGAAAAGGAGAGAGAAUGUUGAAAUGGUUUGAAGGGAUGUAUCUAGGCUGCCAGAUGAGAUUUGGUAAUGAUUUCAUGCAUCUUGCUGUUUUUAAAUGGUCUAGAAAUACUGUGACUACAGCAUUGGAGGACAACAUUUUCUUUCCUGUAUUUGCAUGCCUACACUGUAGCUGGUCAUUAUUGAUUUAUUCAUGGAGAAGCCUGGGAGGAUAGAGGAAUAACCUCCCCUGAGACCAGUGAUGUCAGUCCACGACUAUCAAUUGGCCAGCAUGGUGUCCUCGGAGAACUCUCAGAGUUAUGACUUUUUCCCUCCUACAACUACAUGAUGGCAAAGUUUUUAGCCUUCUUUCCCAUUGGUUCUGAGCAGGCUUGGGUCUUUCUCUGUUUACUCAGAGACACAAUGCACCGUGCAAGGAGCUACAGCAGUAUAGGCAGGCUUUUCAUCAUACUGAAGUAUUGCCCCAAUCAGACAGAUGUAUGCAGAUGUGUUUGUGAAUAUUCAUAGGGUAUAUGCAUAUUAUAUAUAUGAUAUAUAUAAAUACAAGAGAUAUACACAGGCCAUGUGUAUCUGUACAUAUGUAGGAACAUAUGUAUACAUAUAUGCAUUUUGUACAUAUGUGUGUAUGUGUGUGCAUGUGUCACUGGUAAGCCAACACCAACUGUAAUCCAGUUUAGGAAGAGAAUUUAGGGGUCAUUCCCCUCCUUUUGUACACAUGAGGAAACCAAAGCCCAGAAAAUUUCAAUGAUUUGACUAAGAUUACUCAGGUAUAUAAAUGGCACAAGUAGGAUUUGAACUGAAUUCUUGUGAUUCCCAAUCCAGCAGUCUUUCUACUGUACCAGUCUGGCUGAAAAAUAUUUAUUGAGUGCUUUAGCAGUGCCCUCUUAGAGGCUCUGCUCAGAACAACGUUGCAGUCCUUCUUUUAGAUUUCCUGUCUAUCACUUUCCAGAUGGUCUAGGUCAAGCUCAGACAAGGUAUCAUCUUACCUAAAUUAUCUCAGAUGACUAUUUUAAAGACUGGAGGAAAGAUAAGAUUUCAAUAGCUCCAUCCUAAUGUUUUGAAUCCUCUAGAAAGUUCCUCCUCAUAUCUAACCUAAAUCCUCUGCUGUUUUUAGAAGUAUUUCCUUUUAUUCUUUCAAUGGAUACCCAAAACAGACAGUCAACAUCCUGUCUAUAAUAGCCUUUCCUAUACUUGAAGACUAUUAUUAAGAUACCCGUCAUGCUUGUCUUCUCUAGGCUAAAUAAUCCUUUGCUCAUAGGUCCUAUUUCCCAACCCUUUAAUCAUCUUUGUGCUUGUCCUUUGAACCUGCACAAAGUCUUUUUUUCUGUAAUUCUUUAAAUUUGAAGUCUACAGUAAGACACAAUAUUCUGUUGGAGACUUGAUAAUUCUAAUACCAACUAUAUUCCCAUUUAUGUAUCUCAAUAUCAUACUUUCUAAGGGAAAAAAAAUCCUGACAAUGCUAAUUGUGUUUCUCUUUGGUUUGAGAUGACCCUUCUUGUUUCCUACAUCCUUUUCUGCUAUGGUAAUGACAGCUUAUAGUCAGGAAAGUUUCUUAUGAUUGAAAAAUCACUUAAUUUGUUUUAGAAUGUAAAAUGCUCAUGAGAUGGCAUAUGGAUAUUGAAAGACAUGUAUAGUACCCCAUGUAGGAAUCGCAUCUCACCCCAAAACUCCAUAGAAUUAGAAGUAGGCUCAGGAAUUUAAAAUCUUACAUUUUUUCACAUCAAUCAAUAGUUAUUUUUUAAGCUUCUACUGUGUACCAAGCAUUGUAGUAGAUAACAGAGACACAAUUUAAAAAAUAAAAUAACUUCCAUUCUUUUUUUUUAAUCCUUACUUUCUGUCUUGGAGCCAAUACUAUGUAUUGGCUCCAAGACAGAAGAGCAGUAAGGGCUAGGAAAUGGGGGUUAAGUGACUUGCCCAGGGUCACACAGCUAAGAUGUGUCUGAGGCCAGAUUUUAACUAGAACCUCCCAUCUCUCAGCCUGACUCUCAAUCCACUGAGCCACCCAGCUGCCCCCUAAUAACUUCCAUUCUUGAGCAGCUUUCACACUGAGUACACAAUAAAUAUAAUUAUGAAUAGUUUGGAAGGGGCAGAUGGAUACCACAAUAGGCAGGUUGGGGACUGGGGGUGGGGGGAGGGAUGAGGAAUGGCUUCCUGCAGAUCACUGCAGGCAUAUAUUUCGAUGCCCCACUCCAAGAUUCCACAUACUACAGGCAGAAUGGAGGCAAUAAUAGAUCAUUUCAAAGUAAUAUACUAAGGAAUAGUAGCUAGCCUUUAAAAUAAUGCAAAUCUUAUCAAAGUAGUUUGUUGUAGUUAAUCCAGUUAACACCUUUGGUCACUACCAUUAUUAUUCUCUAUAUUUCAACUGUGACACUAUAUAGCUGUCUUUCCUCUACCAUCCACCCAGACUGUCUCUAAUUUGAACCCUUAGAGGAAGAAUGUCUUUCUAAGGAUUCAGUCAGUGGGAGAGCAGAAGACUGAAGCCCAUCAUAAUCUCAGUAAUUCUUUAAAAAAAUCUGUCUGUGUUGUAUGACCACAUUCAGGUUUAUAAAGAACAUUUAUAUUUAUAUAAUUUUGGGGUUUGUUAUCACAACUCCUGCUCCCACUAUACAAGUUGGGUCCCCAGGCAAGGCUAUGUCUCCCCAUCAGAGUUUAGGGCUAUCCCUUAGGGUUCUUCUCUACUACCAUUAACUCAAGCUACUACUUAGAUGUAUUUCUCUCACUUCCUUAACUUCCAUGGAUUAGCAAUCCAGUAUCUUUUAACACAAUUAAUUAAUUACCUAUUAAUAUCCAUUAUCCAAUUAAUAUCAAGUCUUUUACAAAAUUAACCAAUUAAUUAUCAUCAAUUAUCUUUUAUAAAAGGUCAUUUGUUGAUAAAAUAUAGCAAGAAUAAAAUACAAACAUUUCCCCCCAAUUCCUGGAUCCUAUUAUCCCCUCUCCAACCCCUAUCCCCAGAGAGAGUAGACUCAACAUGUAGGCACAUUCUAUGAAGCAGUUAACCCACUAAGUUCAUCUCCAAAUUCGUCCUAGCCAAUCUAGAGUCUCUUUGGCUCUUUCUUGAGAGCCAGGUCAAGCACAUCAGAAGGGCCUUUACUCUCCGUCAGACUCAUCUGACCACAAAUCUGGCAGGGGCCCCUGCUCCCAGGCCUCUAUCAGCUCACUCUCUGAACCUUUUAGAGCUCAGGAGGUCACAACCUAAAAGAGGAAAGAACCAAUGAAAUGAGACAAGAGCGAAGGAUAAAGACUAUCUGACAUUGACCACCUAUCAGUCACCUGGCUCAGGAUGGGCACCUGGGGAGAGGAAGCUCUUCUCGUCAGUUCCUUUCGUGAACAGCAAGGUGAGGUGUUCAAGGCUGCCUUGCAGGUUCUGAAGUGGAGAAGUGGGCCCUCCAUCAUUCCUCUUGGGAACUUCCAGAAGCAAGACUGCCAAAGAAGGGGGUUCCUAACAUCAGGAGCUGAACCUCCCCUGCAGAGAUUCGUGUGAAGUUUGAGAAUUUUAAAUGCUUCUAUAAGUAAGCAAUGAAAAGUUGAUGAGGUACAACAAGCCGGUGGAUUAGGUAGUUCAAAGAUAAUUAACACUAGUUUACAAUAAGGAUCAUUUGCUGUUUUUGUUGUUGUCAGUCAUUUUCAGUCAUGUCUGACUCGUAAUCCAGUUUAGGGUUUUCUAGGCAAAGAUUCUGGAGAGGUUUGCCAUUUCCUUCACAAAAAAAAGAACUGAGGCAGAGGGAGUUAAAUGUCUCCCCGGGGUCAUAAAACUAGUAAGUGUCCCAGGGCAAUUUGAACUCAGAUGAGUUGUCCUGACCCCAGACCCAGCACUCUAUCCACCCCCCUGAAUCAAGUCCAUUCAAUUUAAAAAACUAGCCAAUUCAAUGAAUGGUCAUGUUCUUUGUCUAUGACUGUAGACGAGCCCUUAGAAAUUGCUUGAGGCAUUUUGACAUUAAGGGUCAAAAACUAAUAAAUGUCCAAGGUAGGAUUCGAAUCCAAGUUUUCCUAAUUCCAAGCCCAUCCCCAGAUUGACUAUUUCAGUCUCUUUUAGGCUAAUGGGGUAUAAUAAUUGGUAUAGGAGCAACAGAUAAUAUUUUAAAGAAAUUAGAUGUGAGCUACAGGAAGUAGCUUACUUAGUCAAUGUUGGCCUUUCUGUUUGUGGAUUAUAUAAAUAGCUCAAAAGUAUAAGACUAUAAGGGAAAUAAAAGCCAGGGACUAAAGCAACAUACAUGUUUACUAGCAGUCAUUUGUAGAUACUAACCCAAAAGAAUUAUAAAAUCAAAUACUAGCCAUAAAUUUAUAGCUUAUUCAAAAGAGUCCAUUUUUAGUUUUUUGAAAAAUUAAUAAGAAAAGGAAUACUGAAUUUAUGGAAGUUAUAGUGUAUUAGCAGCAGUUAAAAUUAAAGAAGCCGUAGAUAAUAGUACCAGAUCUGGAGUGGGGUAGACCUGUCCUCACUCAUGUCCUAGCUGUGUGACCCUGGGCAAGUCACUUUACCUCAGUGGCCUGCCCCUUGCUACUGUUGUCUUAAAAUUUAAGGUAAGGGUUUAAAAAAAAGUCCUUGCUUCAUGGAGAAGAAUGCAUAAUUCACUAUAUUGUUAUUCUCUAUUCUGUGGAAUUAAACCAGGAAUAUAAAGUUUGAGGUGCCUUGGGAAUAGUGCUGUGAUAGUUUAUAGUGGUGUUGAACAAUUGAUGCAAUUCUAUUUCCAUUGGGAUGGGAGUGGAGAGGCUAGAACUAUAAUUUUCCUUUUAAAAAGUAACAGUAAAGAAACUCCUACCAGUGCAAAAUAAGAACAAUUCAUUUGUGCAUUUAUAGUCUUAGGGAGUUCGUUGCCUGGAUGACUAAAAGAUUAUGCAACUUGUCCAGAGUGACAGGAUCAGUAUGUGUCACAGAUAGGCCUUGAACCCAGCUUGUUCCCACUCUGAGGCCAGCAUUGACUGGUCCCCAUAUCUUCCCUCCUUUCCACACUGCACAUCUGACUCUCAAGACUUUCUCUCCUCUGCCCUCUUGGCCCAACACUGUCAUCUCUCCAUCGUCCACCUCAGUUUUCAGUUUCCUUUUAUGAAUUGUCUGUCAUCCCCUAACAAAGUGUAAGCUCUCUGGUGGCAAGAACUGUCUUUUUUUCUAAUUGUACUUCUAUUUCCAAACACUUAGCAUGGCACCUAGCACACAGCCAGUGCCUAAUAAAUACACUUGAUAUAACUAAAGUACUUAACUAUAUUCACAUUCAGGAAAACAAAUUCCCAGAGAUAACAGGUGCUUGAUAAAUGUUUGAAUUGAAUUGGAUUGAGCCAAGGGUUAGUUUUCUUUCCCAGACUGCCCUGAUUUUGCUGUAAUGCCCUGGCUUCCCAAUUUGCCCACAGGGCAUUAUGGAAACACUCUUUUUCCAAAAAAUAGUAUGGAAAAUGGUGUGUAGGACACUAACAGAGCCCCUGGCUUUUAACCUGAAUCGAGUAACAUGGAUUGCAUCAUGACAGAAAUGAAUUUAACUGAGCUUUUUCCCUCUCAGACAUAGCAUGGUGUAUAAUGGAUAAAAAGCUAGUUUCAUAGCUAGGGAGACCUAGGUUCCAGUGUCACCUCUAACCUAAACUGGCUGUGUGACCCAGACCAAUCAUUUAACCUCUAAGUGCCCCAGGCACCUCUCCAAGACUCCAAAGUAAAUAAAUUUGUCAAAGAAAGUUCUGACUUGUAUUGGCAGAGAAAGUCUCUUCCCGGGAGUCUCAAGGACCAAUGGAAUAAUAGGUUUUAUUCCUUUAUUCUUUAUUCCUUUUUUAAACUAUUAAAAAGCAUUCUGCUGUAGGAUCUAGGAAUAGGUUGCACAAUGGAUAGAGCACUAGGCAUGGAGUGAGAAAGACUUGAAUUCAAAUGUGACUUCACUCAUGCAAUAUGAUUCUGGGAAAGUCAAUUAUCUGUUUAUCAACUCUGUUUAUCUCAGUUUCCUCAACUGUAAAAUGGAGAUGUACCCCACAGGGUUGUUUUGAAGGUCAAAGAAGAUAGCAUUUGUUAAGUGCUUAGCACAGUACCUGGCACAAAGUAGGUGCUAUAUAAAUAUUUAUUCCUUUCCCCUUUGCUUCCUUUAUCACUAACUGACCACACCUUCAGAUGUCUUUCAGAUACUGCUUUAAAAAAACAAACAAACAAACAAACAAAAACAUUAUCACCAGGACUAACUGAAGAUGCUGUAACUGGAUUUGGAGGGAUGUCACCCAUUAGAAAUACUGCUUUUACUCUUGAGUAAUCAAGAGGUCUCUGCUUUCUAAAAUAAAGCCAGAGUAAUGAAUGAACCAUGGCCAGAGUACCAGUUAUUCUUGUGAGACUAGAUAGACAUGUCCUAAUAUAUAUACUCAUAUGGGCUGUGCCUUUGGACAUCUGGGUGACAGGGGUUAGAGUACCAGGUCUGGAGUCAGGAAGACUCCUCUUCAGGAGUUCCCAUCUAGCCUUGGAACCUUGCUAGCUUGUGUGACCCUGGGCAAGUCACUGAAUCGUUCGCUUCAUUUUCCUUGUCUCUAAAAGGAUCUGGAGAAGGAAACUCUUCCAGUAUCUUUGCCAAGAAAACCCCAAAUAGAGUCUCCAAGAGUUGGACAUGACUGAACAAAAAUAACAAACACUGUGUUUUCAUGUAUGGAGCAGCCCCCUCCCCAGUUUCUCUGUGACCCUAGCCUGCCAUUUGUCACCAUGAAAGUCCUGGAAGAAAGUAUGAGGAGUUCAGAGUUCAGUUUACCCAAAGAAAACUCAUUCAUUAGGGGAAAGAAAAAACAGUCACUUGAGUGUUUGUUUCCAUCUGUUAGUUCUUUACACUGUAUUACACACAUUAUUUCUUCGUUCCCACAGCAAAACCUAAUACUUGGCUCUAGUGGUUAUUACCUUCAACUGUAAGUAACAGUCUAUGCAGCAGUUGACUGAAUUCAUUUCUUUCUCCUGCCAUGGAGAUAGAACAGAAAGCUUUCUAAGAUACUGAGGACUGCUUAGUGUUCAAGCAUUUUCUCCUUCAUUGCUCCUGUGGAUAUUUCAAGAACACUUGAACCCUUUGGGAUAGUCUCUCAAUUCCUGGUAAAAAAAAAUCUUAUUUAUUCUUCUUAAAAAACACCAGUCCUUCCUUUCAAAGAGAUGCCAGCUUUCUGUGGGACCUAGAAAAUGUUCUUGUAAACAGAAACAUUAAAUAAUACAACAGUGAUAGUACUCUGCAUUUCCUUUCUUCUCUUCUCAGUCAAAAUGCCUGAGAAAUCAGAAUCAUUCUCUAUUACGCUGCUUUGAGAAGAUUGUUACCCCCAAUAAAUUAUGAGGGGUAAACUUUAUUAGGAAAUGAAAUGAUGUGUUCAGGAAUCCAAGUUAGUAGGAAAAUUGACUCUUGAAAGUUCUAGAACUCCAAGCUUCAAGGCUCAGUGAUUAUUUAAUUCCCUGCAUUGGUCUGUUUUCAGUUUAUGUUGGAAAUCUUUGAGAUAAUGGAAUAAGUAAGAAAUUAGGAGUUUGAGCUGAGCACAUCAAAAUUUUAAUUCAAUGAGUAUUUAUUAAGUAAGUACCUAUGAUGUGCCAGGCACAUUUAUACUGAAGAUAUAAAGACAAAAGCAAUCUUUAUCUUCAAGGAGCUUACAUUCUCCCAGGUGGCAAUAGUAUAUGCCUUCAAAUGUGUAUAUGUGUACAUACACACACAUUUAUAUAUAUUUUAGUUUACUUCAUAUAUAUUUCUAUACAUACAUAUGUAUUAUACACACACAAAUAUGUGCUGGAUAAACAAAAUAAUUCAGGGCAGGAUAAGAACUAGGAUUCAUUGAGAUCAAGAAAGGCCUUGGGUGUGUUGGACCACUUGAGCUAUUUUCUUCUUUUUAAUUUUAAUUUAAUUUAAUUUUUCAUUUUUUAAAUUUUUACCAUAUUUACAUGAUUCAUGUUUUCUCCCUCCCCUCAUCCCUCCCCCUCCCUGGAGUUGACAAGCAAUUCCACUGGGCUAUACAUAAAAAUCUUAUCACUCAAACCCAUUUCCAUUUUAUUCAUUUUUGUAAAAGAGCAAUCCUUUGGAACCAAAACCCUAAAUCAUGUGCCCUUAUAAACAAGUGGUAAAUCACAUGUUUUCUUCUGGAUUUCUCCUCCCACAGUUCUUUCAAUGUAGAUAGCAUUCUUUCUCAUAAGACUCUCAGUGUUGUCCUGGAUCAUUGCAUUGCUAUUAGUAGCAAAGUCAAUUACAUUUGCUCAUCCUACAAUGUCACAGUCUCUAUGUAUCAUGUUCUUCUGGUUCUGCUUAUUUCACUCCCCAUCAGUUUGUGGAGAUUUUUCCAAUUCUUAUAAAAACCCAUCAACUCAUCAUUCCUUGUAGCACAAUAGUAUUCCAUCCCCAUCCUAUACCACAAUUUGUCCAGCCAUUCUCCAAUCGAGGGACAUCCCCUCAUUUUCCAAUUUCUUGUACUUUAGCUAUUUUCUGGCAUGCUAAAUUGAUUUGAUUACUUUCAGGAUUUUAGGGGUAACUUUAAGAGUACUGAUACUUUGAUUCUCAAUGGUGUGCUUCCUUGCUGACAGUCAGUCUUCAGCUUCAAUUGACUUUUAGAAAAGGAAUUUAUUAAGAAUAUACAGAAAAGGGAUAACUUAGGUGGUUCAGUGGAUUGAGAACCAGGUCUAAAGUUGGGAAGUCUUGGGUUCAAAUUUGACCGCAGAUACUUCCUAACUAUGUCCCUGGGCAAGUCAUUUAGUCCCCAUUGCCUGGCCCUUACUGCUCUUCUGCCUUGGAACCAAUACACAGUAUUGAUUCUAAGAUGAAAGGUAAGGGUUAUUGAAAAAAUGUAUAGCAAAGUCAGUAAUUUCAAAAACAGUUCCCCCUAACUGAGGGGUUCAUGCCUCCGUUACAUGCACAAGAUCUUUGGGGAGAGUGGGCUCAAACUUGAAAUACAGUGGCAAUGAAUACAGAACAUAUAUGGUCAAAUGGCACCUUUUAUUUCUGACCCCAUAAGUCCUUUUUUCUUUUCAUGAAGUUCCUUGGGUGUAGCUCUGUUGCACUAGAAAAGUUGAUGAUUUUUUACAAUUCAUAACUCAUUUUUCUCUGUCAUGAGGGGUCAUGAUACUUGCACUGUCACUGGCCACUAUCACUGUGCCAGGAAUUACUCUCUCAGCUGGGCCUCUGAUGAAUUUCCUAAAAAUCAUACAAUCCCCAUCCAGUAUACUCAUUCACCUAAAAUAAGGAAAAAUAAAUACAAAAGAAAUAGAGGUGCCACAUGCCCAUAAACACAAAGAGAAGCCACCCUUUCCCUGAGCUGGCAGCUCACAACAGUCCGUAUUUCACUCACUAUCAGGAAGGGGAAAAGAUUGAAAGAAUGAUGGCACUCAGGUUCAUCUCAGUACCUCCUGAAUCAUGAGUUCUUCUGACUCUAGACAAUUAAAAGAAUUUUUUGUCACCACAUAGUACCAAUCCUUUAGUUAUAUAUGACUGAAAAAAGACUUCCAAAGUUGCAUAUUUGGGAUGGAAACCAGGGAAGGAAUAUCAGUGCAUAUCCUAUAUAUUUCACCAGGAAAAUAAAAAUCAGAAUAUAUUCUGAGGAAUGGGUCCUCCUUGGGCAAUCCCACUUUAUAAAAGGUUGAGUCAAAUGCUUUCAAGAAUUCAGGGUUUUAUAGGUGGAAUAAAAUAUUUCCUUACAUCAGUUUCCUUUUUGUUCUUUGAAACCGAGUUAUAGUUUCAGGGAAAUGCCUUCAGUAGGAAAAAACUUGUCAUGUUCAUUAAAUCAAACUUCGAGUUAGUAAAAAGGGUUAUAUGGCUUCAUAGCUUUCACUUCCAGACUCAAAAAUAGAUAGAAGGUGUAAAUUUAGUUAUACUUGAUGGCAGUAAUACUGAAAAAAUACUUUAAAAAUAAUGAAUGAAUCAUUAGCAUUUAUUAUAAAUAUUAAUAUUUUAUUAAAGUUAAAAACUUUUAGGGUAUCUUAGUGAAUCAAAUGGCUUAUAUGCUCUCACCAAAAUUUUGUGUUUCCAAAUAACAAAAAUAAUAAUCAACCAUGUCAUUUAUUUUAAAACCAUACAUUAGAGACCAAAAUCCCUAUUUGAAAUUUUCCAGGUAUAAUUCUCAACUCAGUGAGUCUCAAGAAACAACCUACAUCUGAUGAAAUAAUUGCAAAAAUGUAUUCCACAUACACAAUGUGGAAAUUUAGCCUUUCAGCUCUUUUGUAGCUCUUGAAAAUGUAUUUUUCUUUUAUUCACCUAUUGAGAAAGGCAUAGCUGGAAGACAUAAAAAACAUAGCCUUGGUCAUACCAAUCCCUAAUCAAUAAAAAGCUAAAGACUUAAGCAGAAAAUAUGUCACAGAUUUGUGCCCCAGCAAAGCAGCUAUUUUUAUUUUAUCAUCAUCAUCAGAAACAACAUUCUGACAGAACCCAUUUACUAUCAACAGCCAACAUAUAUAAGCCGUAUGGGGUCUUGUGAUUCAGAUUUAGGAAUAUCAGCCCCAGAAGGUCUAAGGCUUUGUACAUUAGUAUAUAUUGAGUCCUCAUUCCAGGUGGCAAACAGCUGCCCCUUUAAAAAAAUAAAAAUAAAAUAAACAGAACUUCCCAAAUAAACCUGAAGUCCUUGUUUUCAGAAGAGUAGUUCUAUUUAAUAGAAACCUUCUCCCCAAAAAUGUAAUAAAUUAGUCCGGAAAAGGAACUGGGAAUAUUUAAUAUAUUUGUUUUGUGUUCCCGAUGGUCAACGGAAUAAUGAAAUUCCUUAACUACUUCUCUUUAACUUGCAUGAAGAAAGCACGGUAUGUUGCUAAAUCUCUUUUCACCAGCACUGCCGAGAAACAACUUUAAUCCUUGUUAGAAAAUUGCAGAGUCUGGGACUGACAAAGAGCUCAUGCUUGUUCUAUUGUUAGUGCUUCUGGACCCUGAGAGUGGAGCCCUUUACAGCUGCAUGUAUCCAGCCUGGCUCAGCUGUACUAUUUAGGAGAGGAGGUUUGUCAAUUUCUAUUGACAAUGGAGAGAGUUUUUCUGUGCCUGUAGCAGCGCUGACACAGUUGGGGAUCAAUGCCAGCCAUUCAGACUACACCCUCUUUCAUUGCUUUGGUUUGUUAAUUCAAGACUAAAGGUCCGCCGAGGGGGUUUAGGGUGUUUAAGAAAGCUGAUGAACUGUUUAAGAAAGCUGAUGAACUGAAAGCGUUUAUAGCCCUAGUGUGGCAAUUUCCAUAGUCAGUGGCAACUACUGGCACUGAGGGAGUUGUGUCCUUGUUGACCCUCGCGUUAUUAAAAAUGCACGAGCGCCUCGCUCCUCGAUAUUUCAACACUCUUUCAUUGUCAAUACCACCUUCUGGGCCCUUCAGCUUGUUGCUUACUCUAAAGAUCUCCUUAGAUUGGGUUUGAAAACUUCACCUUAAACACUAGAUUAGACUGAUGUUCUGUUUUCCGUGCUCCUGUUGAUUUGUUGAACCUUCCCAGGGCUGGAAAGCAAGUAGCAGCUUGAUGGGGAGACGGGCUGCUAAUAUGAUUUACCAGUCUACAGUCAUGCACAAUAAGUGUGAAUAAAUACAGGGGUCUCACAGAGUCAACCCUAGCCUUUCCUUUUCUUUUAUUUUUGCUUUAAAAGAGAUAUCUCAGGAAAAUGAAGUGAGUAAUGCAUGCCCUUACAGGAGCUGGAUGAAGCAUGAAUAAAAAAAAAAAUACAUAUUUUUUCUUCUUCUGUUAAAGUGGUUGGCUGCUGUCAUGUAUUGAUGUGGAAAAAAUAUAUAAUAUACACUUAACUGCUUUAUUCCUGUGUGGACCACAGCAAAGAAUAAAGCAAUAAUGCCAUGCCAUUGACUUCAGUGAGAACUGCUAUGCCCUUCAUUGCCAUCCCCUGAAGGAAAAAGUGAAUAGUCAGCCAGCAAAUGUUUUAUUAUAAUAACUUCGGAAUGAAAGGAUGUUUUCUGGACGUUUGAACGUUUCUGCAAAUUGGCCCUACUGCAAGACGUUUUCUUUUUUUUGGGGGGGGGGGGAGUGAGGGCAAUCUACUUGAGACUGUUUUUCUUUUCCCAGUGAUCAAAAGUAGAACCUACUGCACUCCAGGACCCAAAGGGGGCUUGUGACCUGGGAUUUUCAACACCAAUUGCAACACCACAAAUAGAAAACUCCUUGCCUCUGUUUUUUCUUUUGUUUUUGUUUGGUUCACAAGAAGCAAUCAUGAGAGUGAAUUUUCAGCGUCUUUAUCCAUAAUGGCUAUAAGAAUUCUGUGCCCAUCUGCUGCUUUUCCAGAGCAGAAUCCAGGACUCCUUGCUAGCCUUCACUAAAUUCUUUAAGAUUCUAUGAUCUUUAUAUUUUAGUAUAUGAUUUUUCCCUUUCCCCUACCGCAGUGGCCGUGUCUCUUUGCUGAUAGGCACUCUUAUAGGACGUGUGGUGAUGCUGGUAUUACUUCAGCAUUUUUACUCAGUGACAGUUCUGCUGUAUUAUUUCUGAGAGUGUUAGGGAAUCUAUUGACAAUUUUUCCCCCUCGAAAAUGCUUUCCACCAUAGACUUUGAUUUUUUCAGUCAUAGGGUCUAAUAGUUAUUACUAAUUUCUAUUUUAUAUUAAAUGUGCUUUUGAUUAUCUCUUCAUAGUAAUUAUCACAUUUGUGCAGCAGAGGAAUAAAGUUAAAUUAAGUUUAUACUGGGUGAGGCUUUCUUUUAAAAAAAGACUAGGUACGAAGUUAUAUUGCAGCAUUAUUUUAUUUUCUCAGGUAUGUCUUCAAAAGUGUGGUUAGCACUAAUAUGUACAGUAAUAGGAAAAUGUAGCAGGUCUUAACUAAGACUUUAUACUAGCAUUUGUUCUAUGAAGUAUUUUCACUUUUCAUAGGAGUAGGUAAUUUUUCACUGAAGGAAGUAUUACAAUUGUAAAUUUGCUUUUCUUAUCUGACCAGAUUAUAUCCUGUUUCUGAUGCUUAGGUAUUUUCUUCAAGUACUAUAUAUAUUUGUUAACAAAAUUUUUAGGUCUAUUUUUAUUUUAAAGGUGAGGUCAUGAUAUUGAUGUUUAGAAUCAUGAGAACUAGCCAGGAUAAAAAAUAAGUAUGACAGAACAAAAAUGAACAACUGAGGAUCCUUAAAGUAUACAGUGCUAGCAGAAAUAAUCAAAUGAAUUCAUUUGAAUUUUUAUUAAACAUACUGAUUUUUUAAUAGUUUGAGCAUCUAGUUUCUUAAAUCCUAUUAUUCCUAAUGUUCUAAAAUCUCAUAAAAAUAAGACUAUAACCAUAUGAGGGGGGAAAGCAAAAGUAGAAUGUGGAUAAUGGGGAAAAGAAAACCACUUGUGUUUUAAAUAGCAUGGAAUUUCACUCAUCAAAUUGAUAUUAGAGGGUUUUAUAAAUCGGUUAUUCCAUAUUUUAAUUAGCUUACCCCAUAUUUUGUGCACGUUCUGUAUACUAAUUUAAAAGUAUAAUGACAUAUGAAGCCAAUUUGUUUUCAGAAACUAAUAACUAAAAUACCAUUGUUCUAGUUAGAUCAAACUAUGUCAGAGCAACUUUUUAAUAAACAUAAGUCAAAAUGGUAAGAAAACCAGACUUUAUCUGCUAAGACAACUCCAGAAAUGGAUUACAUUAAAUAUCUCCCUUCCCCUCAAAAAGUGUUAUUACCUAUAAAAUGAUUUUAAUUGACCUCUUUGUGUUUUGGUAUUCAUAUUUACAUAUAUACAUAUAUAAUAGCAAACUUUAAAACACAGAGUUAUAACACAUGCAUGCAAGAUUCCUUAAAUCCUUGUAUAAGCUACCCUGACCUUUCCCAAAUACUGUCUAGAAUCUGACUUCUCCUUGUAACAUAUUCUCUUCACAAACAGCAUUAUUCUUUGAGUUGCCAGAAACCUAGUUACAGUAGCUAUAAACUGAACUCACUUAAUAUGUGAAUUGUGACUUCCAGGCUGCCCUUUUGUCACACAUAGACCCAGACUUUCUCUUAUUUACACAAAUUUGGACAUUAUAAAAAGCAAAUUACAUUAGGGGAGAAUUUCAGUCCCUUUCCUGGGGAGAAACCUGCAAUAAACAGGGCAAGGACUUGAACUCUUCCCAAAACUAAAUCGCUUCCAAAAUGAAGCAAACCCUUUCCUUUUGCUGUAUGAGCAGCAGACAGCCAUUGAGUCAUUUAUUUCAAAAAGAAAACUACCCUGACAAGGUUCCUCAGAUCCCAGGGAAGGUUUAUUCAUUGUUAGUUGGAUCUGAAGGAUUUGAGACGAACCUAACGCAGUAAUAGGUCUAGGUCUGGGUGAAGAUUCAAUUGUAAAUGGAAAGAUGUGUUUGUUGAGGGUGCUUUUUUUUGCCAUAAUUCCAAAAUAAAAUAAAAGAAAGGCAUCAGAAGAUUUUGACUCUGUGCCAUGGUGACAUUUACCAUUUGAUUUUUUCUAGGACUCUACAAUAUGGCAUGGAAACCUUGAAGUGAUGAAAAAUUUCUCUUUGAAAAUAAUUUAGCUGGUUUUCCCCCUGCUGUCUCAGCAGGCUAUUCAUUGCUAUAAACAUGUAUUUAGUGCCCAUUGUUACUUACAGCUUACAAAGCAGGCUACUAGGCUGCAAAGUGCAAAGCUCUGUUUCCCUGUGAAUAUUCUGCAGCUGAAAGACUAGUGCUAAUUCAUGUAAAGCACAGUCUAGGUCAAGUUAGCAGAUUUCCUAGCAAAACAUGCAAUUCUCUUAACAGGAAAUUAUAGCAUUAUUGACUUCAAGUGCUGAUCUGUGGUCAUUUCAGAGUGUUUCAUUACCCCUCAUUACCAAAUCUGUUAAAUGAAUACUGCAGAGGUGUUUUUUUGUGUGUGUGCUUUUUUUUUUUUUUGGUGUGUGUAUGUAUGUGUGUGUGUGUUUUUUCUUUCCCUCCUUCCCUCUGCCCUGCCGCCCCAUCCUUCUUUUCAGCAAUGGUACAGCAGCUCCAUGAAAGUCAUUUCCGUGUGGUUGGCGGAUAGAUUAGAUCUUCAGCUUCACAUCUACCAACUGAAGACUCUCAUCAAGAUAGUGAAG